AUGGAUGGUGCUGACAGCAGUGAACCAAGCAUCCCGCCAAUGAAAAGAGUCAAGCGAGAAGAGCUCGCUGAACCUACCAAUCCAGACCCAUCUCUGGUAGUCCAUGUUCGAAACUUGAACCCAAGACUCUAUGCGGAGAAAGUCUCUAACCGAGGUCUCUGCGCAGUGGCUCAGUGCGAGUCGCUCCGAUACAAAUUGGUCGGUGGCUUGGCAGUUCGCCGUGCUUGCUACGGAGUGCUUCGCUUUAUUAUGGAGUCUCAGGCACAAGUUUGUGAGGUUAUUAUUUCUGGCAAGCUUCGCGGUCAGCGUGCUAAGGCCACGAAAUUCGUCGAUGGACUUAUGAUCCAUUCUGGACACCCAGUCACGGAAUACAUUCAGCAAGCCGUUCGACACGUGCAACUUCGUCAGGGAGUGAUUGGUAUCAAGGUCAAGAUUAUGCUGCCUCAUGAUCCUCGUGGCCCAAUGGGUCCGAAGACCGCUCUUCCUGAUCAUGUCCAAAUCCUGGAACCCAUGCCGAAAGUCAAUCCAACCGAGCCAAACUCCGAACACAAACUUGAGAAGAAGGACGUCAUCCUCAUUGUUCCCCCGCCAAUGCUGUUGAGAGCCAUGUCUGAUGGGCAGCAAAUGCAACAGCCGAACCAGCCAGGCGGACCAUCGCAUCUUAUCGCGGCUCUAAGUUCGCGGGGUGGAGGAGGACCACAACAACAACAGCAAGUGCAACCCGGCGCUGGGCCCAUCCGAGUUCAGCUCCAACAGCAAGGCCGUGCCCCGAUAGUUCCGUACCCGCAAGGGGCAGGAGGACAGCCGGCACCCCCGCAGAUGCGAACGGUGCAGGUGUAUCAGCCGUCGUCGAACGGUGUGUCGCAGCAGCGCAUUGUCCAUCAAAUUGCUCAACGUCCAGUGAUGGGACAGCCGGCUCAGAUGAUGCGAGUGAGUAGUGCGCCUCAGCCAACCAUGCAGAUUGUGCAUACAGGACCACCACCACCACAGCAAAUUCAUGUCUCUUCAUCCCCUAUCAUGGGCCCGCGGCCGCCACCUCCACAACCGCAACAGACUCGUGCCCAGCUUGCGCUACUUCCUGGUGGCCAACUUCCACCUCCUGGAACUAAUGUACAGCCGAUGCUAGCUCCACCCAGUUCUAAUGGCUCGAUCAUGGAUAGGACGCGCAUUGAUGAACUGGCCAGACAAACUAGUGCUAAUACAGUGUUAGACGAUGUUGUAAAGGAUAUGCUCUGUGACUACACCGACGAAUUUGUGAACGAGCUCGUAAGUCAUGUCUGCAAGCUGGUCAAACAUCGCGGUAAUCAUCGAAUCGAGGCUAGAGACGUGGAAUUCGUACUCGAUAUGGUGUACAAGAUGCCGUCAGCUCCGCGUGCUUCUGUCUAUGUAUUCGGCGCUCCGGCGCCAAUACGCCCAGACCGUAUCACUCCUCAGCCCACUGUGGCGCAUAAACAACGCAUGUUGCUGAUUAAGAAAGUGGUGAAGAAGCCUUAA